CGUCUCUCGCCACAGCCGGCGGAGAGUGGGCGCGGCCGAGGGAGAGGUGGGCGGGGCUUCUCCCCACCCCGGCGCCGGAACCUUCGGCAUCUCCCCGGGGGAGUCGGGCUUGAAGGGCCGCUGAGGAAGAGGGGGGAAGCGGCUCCCUUCUCUUUCCCUCCUUCCUUCCUUCCCUCCCUCCGUCCCUUCCCUUCCCUCUCUCGCCCUCUCACCGUCGCCCUCCGAAGCCGUUUCCGCCAUGGCAGACUCUGGGCUCCCGGCUGCCGGGCGGCCGCUCACCGACGACGAAAUGGCGGAGGUUUUGGAACGAUUGCGCCGCUAUCUGUGUGACAAAAUAAUUGCAGAAAGACACUUUGAUUAUCUACGUUCAAAAAAAAUACUCAGCAGAGAGGACACUGAAGAAAUCUCUUGUCGAUCCUCAAGUAGGAAGAAAGCUGGGAAGCUGCUGGAUUACUUAGCAGAACAUCCCAAAGGACUGGACGCACUAAUAGAAUCUAUUAGAUGGGAAAAAACACAGACCUUCUUGUUAGAAAAGAUAACCGAUGCUGUCUUGAAGGCAAAAAAUGAAAAACUGGAAAGCCUCAAAGGCUUGAACUGUCGCAACUGCAUGGCUUCAGUGUAUGAGCAAUCAAACAAUCUCUCUAGAUCACAGUCGAAUGAAUCUAAUCUCUUUGAGAAACAAAAAGACAGAGAAACCACCUACCUUCAUCCAGAAGAGUUUAAUACAUCUGCUUUUGUAUCCGCUGCUUCUCUUCAUUCAAUGAAUUUGCCAAUUACUGAGGUUGGAAAUACGGAAAACUCUGUUUUCUCAGCCACGCUUCCUGGCCCUGGAGAUUCUGGAGCCCCACCUCUUCCGCCACAAUUGCAAAAUGAACAAGAGGAAAUAUGUACGACUUCGAGUGACAGUCCUUUCCUGCCUUUAAGAUCCCGCUCUCUUCUUCCGUAGCGAUAUUUUUCCUUGAGUACUAUCAUGCUGGAUGCCUUGAAGAGUUUUGGGUGGUGGGGAAAACGUGUCUAACUGUAAAGUCACAAUAGAUCAAGAUAUAGCUUGAUAGCUCACUGCAUCUUAUAGUUUUUUUUAAAAAAAGAAAAAAUCUGAAAUGUUUCCCCCAUUAAUUCAUAUUUUAAAAGUUCAUUUGUAUGCUUUUAAUGAUUUUUUUUGCAGUGUAAAAGCUUUUAAAUGGUAUUUUAUAUUCAAAAACAAUAUAGGCAAAAUGAUGCUCAAUUGAACAUUUUAAGGAGGUUUUUCCUACUGUUGUCUGUAUGCACUGUGCAUAAAAUUCACACUGAGAAAGCAUAAUUUGAUCCUCUUCUGCAUCGUAACAGCAAUGUAAUCUGGUGAUUUUGGGGGGCUUGCUGAUUCCUGAGAACUUCCUAGUUUUCUCACAACUUACAUCAAUUCGUGCUGAUGCCAAGUGUCACGAGGAGGGAAGUUUUGCACUGAGGAAAGUUUUGAGAUGAACGUAGUAGUCAUGGAUGAGGGUGGUGAGUCUUACAUCUCACUGGUGUUGGCAUUAUGUUGGUAAGUUCUGCUUGGUUACUAUUGACAGGAAGUAAAGAAGCCUUGGAACAUA